AUGGCUGAUAAGAAGCUACCGGAGGUCGACCUGGUGACCCGCAUGCAGGUCGACGACUCCGUUGUCGGAAACACCGAGAUCGAUGAGUCGCUCUACAGUCGCCAGCUCUAUGUGCUGGGCCACGAGGCCAUGAAGCGCAUGGGCGCUUCCAACAUCCUCAUUGUCGGUCUCAAGGGCCUGGGUGUCGAGAUCGCCAAGAACAUUGCCCUUGCCGGCGUCAAGAGCCUCACACUCUACGACCCCGGUCUGGUCGCCCUCGCCGACCUGUCCUCACAGUUCUUCCUGCACCCCGAGGAUGUGGGCAAGCCCAGAGACGAGGUCACCGCCCCGAGAGUCGCCGAGUUGAACGCAUACACCCCCGUCAAGGUCCACCAGUCGUCAAGCCUGGGCGAGAACCUCUCCCAGUUUGACAAGUACCAGGUCGUCGUCCUGACCAGCCUGCCGCUGAAGCUGCAAGCGCUGAUUGGCGACUACUGCCACUCCAAGGGCAUCUACGUCGUGGCCGCCGAUACGUUUGGUCUUUUCGGUUCGAUUUUCUGCGAUUUCGGCGCCGACUUCACCGUCAUCGACCCGACCGGCGAGGCACCCUUGACCGGCAUCAUUGCGGGCAUCGACGAGGAGGGCCUGGUUUCGGCGCUCGACGAGACCCGCCACGGCCUCGAGGACGGCGACUAUGUCACCUUUUCAGAAAUCGAGGGCAUGGAGAAGCUCAACGGAGGCGAGCCGCGAAAGAUCACCGUCAAGGGCCCGUAUACCUUUUCCAUCGGCGACGUUUCCGGCCUCGGCCAGUAUGUCCGCGGCGGCCUGUACCAGCAGGUCAAGAUGCCCAAGAAGAUCAACUUCAAGAGCUUCUCUGCCGCGCUCAAGGAGCCCGAAUUCAUGAUUUCAGACUUUGCAAAGUUCGACCGCCCCCAGCAGCUUCACCUCGGUUUCCAGGCCCUGCACGCCUUUGUGGAGAGCCAGGGCCGUUUCCCGAACCCCCUGGACGACACGGAUGCGACUGUGAUUUUGCGCUCCGCCGAGGCGUUUGCCAAGGCAGAGGGCGUCGAGGUGGAGUUUGACGAGAAGCUCCUCAAGGAGCUCAGUUACCAGUCCCUUGGUGACCUGAAUGCCAUGGCUGCCCUGUUUGGCGGAAUCGCGGCGCAGGAGAUCCUCAAGGCCGUCUCGGGCAAGUUCCAGCCCAUCCAGCAGUGGAUGUACUUUGACUCGCUCGAGUCUUUGCCAACCAGCUCCGCUCGCACCGCCGAGCUGUGCAAGCCUCUCGGCACCCGCUACGACGGCCAGAUUGUCGUCUUCGGCCGCGAGUACCAGGAGAAGAUUGCCAACCUGCGGCAAUUCCUCGUUGGUGCCGGCGCCAUUGGCUGUGAGAUGCUCAAGAACUGGGCCAUGAUUGGUCUCGGAACCGGUCCCAAGGGCCAGAUCACCGUCACCGACAUGGACUCUAUCGAGAAGAGCAACCUGAACCGUCAGUUCCUGUUCCGCCCCAAGGACGUUGGCAAGAUGAAGAGUGACUGCGCUGCCGAGGCUGUGCAGGCGAUGAACCCCGACCUGGACGGCCAUAUUGUGUGCCUCAAGGAUCGCGUGAGUCCCGAUACGGAGGAGACCUUCAACGAGGAGUUCUGGGGCAACCUCGAUGGCGUCACCAACGCGCUGGACAACGUCGAGGCCAGAACGUACGUCGACCGCCGCUGUGUCUUCUUCCGCAAGCCCCUCCUUGAGAGCGGAACGCUCGGAACCAAGGGCAACACCCAAGUCGUCCUCCCCCAUCUUACCGAGUCGUACUCCUCAUCGCAGGACCCCCCUGAGAAGGAGUUCCCCAUGUGCACCGUCAAGAGCUUCCCCAACAAGAUUGAGCACACGAUUGCGUGGUCCAAGGACCACAUGUUUGAGAACCUCUUUGUCACGUCUCCUUCCACGGUCAACCUGUACCUGACGCAGCCCAACUACAUUGAGGGCACGCUGAAGCAGGGUGGUAGCGCCAAGCUGACGCUCGAGACGCUCCGCGACUACCUCACAACGGACCGCCCGCGGACCUUUGAGGACUGCGUUGCGUGGGCGCGCAUUCUCUUUGAGAAGGAGUUCAACAACAAGAUCCAGCAGCUUCUGCACAACUUCCCCAAGGACUCGACGACGUCGACCGGUACCCCUUUCUGGUCUGGCCCCAAGCGCGCGCCCGAGCCGCUCAAGUUUGACACCAACAACCCGACACACUUUGCGUUUGUCGUGGCGGCCGCCAACCUGCACGCCUUCAACUACAACAUCAAGUCGCCUGGCACCUCCAAGGACAUUUACCUGCGCGAGCUCGACAACAUUAUCGUACCCGAGUUCUCACCCGCCGAGGGUGUCAAGAUUCAGGCCAACGACAGCGAUCCUGACCCCAACGCCGACGCGGGCAGCUCCUUUGACGACAACGACGAGCUGCAGAAGCUCAUCAGCAGCCUCCCUUCGCCUAACGAGCUUGCCGGUUUCCAACUGCAGCCUGUGGACUUUGAAAAGGACGACGACUCGAACCACCACAUUGACUUCAUCACGGCCUGCAGUAACCUGCGCGCGGCCAACUACAAGAUUGAGCAGGCUGACCGCCACAAGACCAAGUUCAUUGCCGGCAAGAUCAUCCCGGCGAUUGCGACGACAACGGCGCUCGUUACGGGCUUGGUGAUUCUGGAGUUGUACAAGGUCAUUGAUGGCAAGGACGACAUUGAGCAGUACAAGAACGGUUUCAUCAACCUGGCGCUGCCGUUUUUCGGCUUCAGCGAGCCCAUUGCCAGCCCCAAGGUGGAGUUCAAGGGCCCCAACGGCAUUGUCAAGUUGGACAAGAUCUGGGACCGCUUCGAGGUCAACGACAUCACACUCAAGGAGCUGUUGGAGCACUUUGAGAAGCAGGGCCUCACCAUCUCCAUGCUCAGCUCCGGCGUCAGCUUGUUGUACGCCAGCUUCUUCCCUCCGGCCAAGCUUAAGGACCGCCAGAACCUGAAGCUGAGCCAGCUCGUUGAGACGGUGUCCAAAAAGCCCGUGCCGGCUCACCAGAAGGAGGUCAUUUUCGAGAUGGUGGCCGAGGACGUGGACGGCGAGGACGUUGAGGUUCCCUACAUCAAGAUGAAGAUGGCAGGCUCAUCCGCCCACCCCGCACCUUCAGUCAUAGUGCUCGUCAACGACAGAGCACUUCAUGAACACUGGUACCCCUGCACUCACUCGUCUCACGAGAUCUCUCACGUCGACGACACGGAGAACGUUGCCGGCAAAGUCACAGACUGGGUGAAGCCCAACGACAAGUCGGGCGAGUUCAAGCGUCAGCAGAGCUCGUUCCGCAACUUCAUCUCGCGCGAGGAGGGGGCCAAGUUUGCGCCUGAGAAGGGGCGAUAUCAUCUCUACGUCAGCUAUGCGUGUCCUUGGGCUUGCCGGACGUUGAUCACACGCCAGCUUAAGGGUCUCGAGGACUUUAUUAGCUAUUCUGUUGUUCAUUGGCAUCUUGGCGAGAAGGGCUGGCGGUUCGUGACAAGCGACGAAAAGGACGUCCCCGGAGCCCACGUCGUGCCCGACCCCGUCCCGGGCCACGAGUCCUACACUCACCUCCGCGACCUCUACUUCGAGUCGGAGCCGGGCUACGAGGGCCGCUUCACGGUGCCCGUCCUCUACGACACCAAGCUCAAGACGAUUGUCAGCAACGAGAGCAGCGAGAUCAUCCGCAUGCUCUACACGGAGUUCGACGACCUCCUCGACGAACAAUACCGCAACGUCAACCCCUACCCCGAGUCCCUCCGCGCGCAAAUCGACGAGGCAAACGAGUGGACGUACGACAAGAUCAACAACGGCGUCUACAAGUCCGGCUUCGCCACCACGCAGGAGGCCUACGAGCGCAACGUCGUCGCCCUGUUCGAGGCGCUCGACAAAACGGAGGCGCACCUAAAGAGCACGGCGGCCGAGGGGCCGUAUUACUUUGGCAAGGAGAUUACCGAGGCCGACAUCAGGCUCUACGUAACCAUCAUCCGCUUUGAUCCCGUCUACGUGCAGCACUUCAAGUGCAACAUCCGCGACAUCCGCUCCGGGUACCCCCUCAUCCACAAAUGGAUGCGCAACCUGUACUGGAACGUGCCGGCCUUCAAGGACACGACCCAGUUCGAGCACAUCAAGUGGCACUACACAAAGAGCCACACCCAGAUCAACCCCUUCUCCAUCAGCCCCGUCGGCCCUCUGCCGCACAUUCUGCCCCUGGACGAGGAGGUGCCGGCCGCUAGCAAGUAG